UGAAAGCAGGAGAGUUUGUGAUACAGGGGUCGUACGACUUUCCCACCCAAAAGCUCUAGCUGCUGCUGGAGUUGGUAGCGGCUGUUGGCUCCACUACUCACCAACAACAAACGAGUGGAGUGGAACAGUUCGUUGUAGUCGUUAGUGCUCGUGGUUUGUGUUGUCGCGUUGUGUUAUUAUUUUUGUUUUAAUUAUUUUUGGGCUCCAAAUACACCCCAGGCAAGGGCAGUGAAGGAAUGAAUAACUAAACCGCCUCACCAUGGAAGCUGAAUCGCCUCCUCUCCAUUCAACCAUUGCAACUCACACCGAAACCAUCACCGAAGAGGAUCCACUCAACAGAAGACUGAACAGCAGCGACGAAGCCGACAGUUCCAUCACCGGCUUCAACAGUCUGGCCAACGUCACCGUCAUCGAGCAGCCGGUGGUGGUGUGUGAAGGCAGUGACAGUGGUGUCGAAGUUGUCGAAACAAACGAUUUAUACCAACGUGCUUUAAGUUCAAACAGCGGCAACUCGCACGAUUUUGACGCCCUGAGAUCGUGCGACUCCUCAAUCAUCAGCUGCUGCUCCAACUACGAGGACGCCUACAACCUCCUAGUGCGGAGGAACUCCACCCUGAUCGAGGACUACACCAGGAAUGGGGACGUGACAAGCGAGAACGGCAGCGAGAGUUCUUCAGUGACCGGAAGCUCGUCCUCCAGAAACUCAAAACGGACGAACCUUGCCAACAAAAAGAAAGUCAACCUGCAGGACAACAAGACGAAGGAGCGCUCCAGGUCCAAGCCUCCGGUGCCCAGACGAGGCGAAAACCCGAUCCGGGUCAAAUCAAUCGACAGACUCCAAGGGAAAACCACCAAGAAGCUGCUGCCGCUCGACUUGUCCAAGAAAGACACGAAACGGCCGUCCUCAGGCCGCAAAACCCCAAGUGUCACGCCCACAGAUGACGGCAGAUGGCCCUCGAUUAACAGCAAACCGGCCCCCUUAAUGGCCAGGUCUCUCCGGGGCACCAUGGAGACCCCAAAAACCAAGCAAGAGACCAAAACUAUCGAAAAAUACGCAACUCUUCCGCGACGAAGAAAAGAAAAAUCAAACGAAGAAGUCAGAAAAAUCAGUCGUGACGAAAUCACGCGACUGGCAACCCCGAAGACCAAGCCAGGGUCUCGUGAAGUGACACCGUCCAAAAACUUCCUAACAAAGAAAAAGCAAAAAGUCAAAAUUUACCAUGAAACGGCCAUACAAACUGCCCUGACGAUGACCGACGUUACGAAGGCUCUCGCCGGCCUAAACGUGAGCCCUAUGAGCCCCAAGGACGCGGAAAAGUGCGAUAAGAGCGAACAGGCCGACUUGAGCGUCAAAGAAAUCGAGCUGCUUGGGGCACAACUCAAAGAUUUGAAAGACAAAUAUGAAGCGCUCGGGAGAGAGCAUAAAUCACAAAGUGAGAAACUCUUACAAACUGAGGGUAAGUUACGAGAGGAGAUCGUGGAGAAAGAGGGCUUGAGAGAGGAGCUGAAGACGAACCAGGAGCGCAUUUUGGCGAUUCUCGGCGAGAACAACCCGAGUGAUGAUGAUGCAAAUGUCUCUAGUGAUAGCCUUCUGGUGCUAGAAUCCCGUUUCCAAAACGUCAGCCAGGUUGUGAUCCGCCAAGAGGAAGAAAUCUCCAAACUCAACUCCUACUGUCGCUCGCUUCAAAUCGACCUCGAGAAAAGCCUAGCCUCCCAGAAAAUCCUCGUCCAACAACAACAAGAACUGGAAGCCGAAAGCAUAGAACUCCAAGAGUUCAUGCAAGCCGAAAAAACCACCCUUUCCGAUGCACUAAAAGACGCAGAAACCGAAAUUGCAAAACACCAAAAAAUGCUGGAAAAGAAGGACAAGGAACUGAACGAGAAAAUCGAGGAGUGUAAACGUGUGACGAAACUGAACGAACAGAGAUGGCAGGAGAAUUUGAGUUUACAGGCACGCAUGGGCGCCCUCGAGGCCAAAAGUAGGGACUUACUGGUGCACCAAGGCAGUUCGGUGUCGGGGACUGCGGUGGCUUUGUCAGCGCUGAUCGGGCGCUUGGAGGGGCUUGUCGAUGAACUCGUUACGUCUUACAGUAUUUCGGACCAGGAGUUGGAGGACGUUAUCUUCCAUAACGAAGCUUACAGUAACAGUAGUAGCAGUCCGGACGCUACCCCGGAGAAGAGCCGGAAAUUCCUCGGGGAUAAAACCCCGUCUCCGAAAAAAGGUUCCUCGUUCGUUUCCGCUGUCAUAAACGCCAUCAAAAACGCCGCGGCUCAGAGUCCUUUUGCGGGCCACAAGGACAUAAGCAAGGACAAUCUGUGCACGGAGAAUUCCAGCUCCGAGCUGCUGGACUCUGAAACUGAGCCUUCGCUGAUGAUGGAGCAUGUGCUGGAGGACGUGGUGGUCCCUGACGGUCACACCCAUAACAUGAUUUCGUCAUGUCAUAGCAUUUUAAGCACGCAAAGUGAUAGUUUUGUUGAUAUGUCUAGGAGUAAUUAUUCGACCGAAAUGCCUUUAUGUGAAAUAUUCCCGUCGUUUUCCCUGGUUGACCAGGUUAUAGACGUCGAUAAUUUGGUCACGCGGCUGUUGAAAGUCAUAAGAAUAAUCCAACUGGAAAACGAAGACUGCACUAACGAACUGCAGGAGCAGAGAGACAGGCUUUCCGAACAAGUCGACAAGCAAAAAGAGACGAACAAACUCGUAAGCAAGCAACUGAAAGACUGGGAAAUACUCGGAGCGCGGCUAAAGACUGAAGUUAAAGAACUGAUGCACCAGUUGAGCAAGAAAAACAACGAAAUGGACAGCAUUAAGUGCGAACUUAAUAGGCAAAGAGAGGAAGUCGAGAAACUGAACCAAGAUGUGUGCGAACUGUCAACGGCCCUAGCCAAGGCCGAGCUUGAGAUGAAGAUGCGAGACGAAGAAAUAUCCGAAGCGCUCAAAAACUGGGAAGAAAACAACGAAAUACCACCUCCUGAAGUAAUCGCGCGACUAAACGCGGCUCAGACUGAAGUCCCUCUUUUGAAAGAGAAACUAUCGCAAAAAGAACGACAUUUGAGUGAGCUCACUCAAGAAUUCCUCGCCAGUAGACAAGUCCUGACUGAAAGCUUGAAAGAAGCGGUAAACGAGGCGAAAAAGCAGUACGAAGCGAUUGACAAUGCUUUAGAGGUUCUCCACAACAAUCAAAACGUGGUGCAACAGUGCACACCGUUGGCCGAGCUGCAGAGGGAAUUGGAAAAUACGAACUUCCAAAGUGCGUCCGCAAUGCCGUUGGCGGCACCAGCCGAUUGCAACGCAAAUGCGGCUCUUUUGCAAGCGAUUGCUAAUUUACAGAUCAACACCACUGCCUAAGAUUGUGAAAGUCACAAUGAUAGUGAUGCCAUUGAUUUUGACUAUGAUUUGUACAUAAAUCGGUUUUUAUUUAAGUUUUUCCUAGAGAUUUAAAAGGCUGAAUUAUGCCAUUCUACGUCCAAGUGUACGAAUUUUAACAGUAGGAGGAGUCGUUCCAGACUGUUGGACCCGUUGCAGUUAAACAGACACUAAGGCUUUCUUCACUUUUACAAAAUUUUUACGUCAUUUGUUUGAAAUCGGUGCUUUUGAUAAAUCCAUAUUUUUAGAUUGUACUAUUAUGCCAUUGUUGUAAAUAAAUAAAUUACGUAGA